CUAUGCACGCGACGCAACACUGCACGCCCGUGUUCUUCGUUGACGUUAUCGAUUGUCCGUACGAUUUGACGAGAUCUACCGGCAGGUUGCUAAGUAUCACCGUCCGGUUUUCCGCGGGCGAACAAUUAAAGCGAACGACUGGCAAAUGUACGUAACGCGAGCCUCUCUCGUGACUGCGUUGAUGUUAUUUUGCAUAGCGAGGAGCAUACGUGCCCAGAUUUAUCAGAACAUGUCGAGUCUUGCCGGAGUGCAUUCCGUGGCGUACGUCACGGUGCCAAACGAUGCAGUUGCGAAGACAUUAGCGCGUGGUCUGGUCGAGAACAAAUUGGCUGCCUGUGUUAACAUCAUCCCGCAACUUACUUCCAUAUAUGAAUGGGAAGGAAAGAUUCAGGAGGACCCUGAACUACUACUGAUGAUAAAAACCAGGACGGAGAGAGUCGAUGCUCUAACAAAAUAUGUUAAAGAAAACCAUCCAUAUACAAUUUGUGAAGUAAUCUCCCUGCCUAUACAAAAUGGCAAUGAAGAUUAUCUAAAAUGGAUCAGUGGAGUGAUACCACCGCUUGAUAAAAACACUUAAAAUAAUGAAAAUGAACAAGCAUGAUUCUUAAAAAUUUAUUGGAACCAUUUUUUUUUAUAAUUUGCUUGUUUUUUGAAAUUUAGAUUAGAAUAAAAAAAUAGCUAUGAUAACUGGCAUGUAAUAAAUUCAAUAUGUACAAUCUCUACAAUGUGAAAUUUACAUUAAAAAGUGUAAAUGUUUCACAUUAGAAUAUUAAUUAUUAAGCAUGCUAAGUGGACAGUGAUCAGUCAAUCGAUCAGUCUUACGAUAAUAAUAUCCUAUAAAUAUACAUAUAUUGUUUAUACCCUUAUAAAUAGACAUAAGAUCCAAUAUCAAUAAUUUUAUAUAAUAAUAAUAAUAAUAUAAAUACUAAUAUGAACUCAUAGACAGUUGAAUUUUUUGAAUCUUACAUUUAGGAUACGAAAUAGACAAUUAUUUCAAAUGCAUCAGCGAGGUGCGAUUUUACUUAAGUAAUUCCUUUUGAUAAAAAAAAUACUUAAAAUAAUUAAGAUACAUAAACAAGAUUCAACAAUUCAUCAAAUAAUGCAUCGAAUUUCACACAUUGUACCUCGCGUAUUUGUUAUGUAACAUAAUAUAAUGUUAUACAAUAAAAUAGUAAGGUUUAAUUUUUUAAA